UCUUGAAGCCAUUAGACCAAUUGCAGGGUGAAGGGGGAGGGAGCUUGCCGCACUGAUCUCUGUUUGCAGCAUCCCCAGAGCAACCUCUGCUGUGUGAAAUACAAGAAAGGGCAAGACGACGGGAGUAGAUCCUAGGAGGCAAUCGAAGAACUGGAAAGGAAGAUCUUGGGGGUUACCAGGGUAGGGUUUCUUUGACGUGUGGAAACCAUCUUCAGAGAAAAUGGCUGUUUUGUCAAUGUAAACAGCCUGUGCCAUACCUGCAUUGCUAAAGGGGGAAGCAGAAGAGGAGGAGGAGGAGGGGCAAAUACUGGAGCAAAUGUUGCCUCUUACAGUGAAAAUUCUCUGUCUUUAGCUGCCCCAGGUCACCUCUGAGCAUGCAUGUUGUAUGUUAAGGUUUUAUUUUACAGAUCUUAUGGCCAAAAAAAACGAUGCGUCAAUGCCUCAGGAGACGUCGGACCAGCACGAAGACACUUUUGCUGAUCAUGACACACGCUAGAGGCUAAGCAGUAUAACAGCAUCUACACAAAUAGUGAAGAUCCACACUCCGGUUGAAACAGCUACACUCGACCAUGGCUGCAAAUGGAACUAGGACAACUACAAGUUUUUUCUCAACAACUGCCACAACCCCCACAACCUCCACAAUUCCCUUCCUCUCGACAAGUCCUGGAAGCAGAGACAAUAUCACCUCAAGAACGUUAAUGACUGUGACUAUAACGACAAAUGAGACCAAUUUGAAUGCCACCACGUUGCCAGAAGUCGUGAUUGAGAGCUCAGGCAUGGGAAUGUUGCUCGUACCCUUUGGCAUCAUCACAGUCAUUGGCUUAGCAGUGGCAAUAAUGCUGUAUAUCAGGAAACGGAAGCGGUUGGAGAAAUUGAGACACCAGCUCAUGCCCAUGUACAACUUCGAUCCGGCUGAAGAACAAGAUGACCUGCUGGAACAGGAACUACUGGAUCACGGCCGGGAAGGCAGCAUCACAGGGCCCAACGCCAAGUUUUGACAAUGGCAUAGUUGUAAAAGGCAAAAAAUGGUAAAGUAUCGCCUGUGUGUCAUUUCAACCAUUUCUCCAUUUCUUUCCUCACUACCCUUAUUCUUUCAUGCUGUCUUUGUAUCUGUAUCUCAAAUAAAACUACAACCCUAAAUUCAUAGACAUAGGACAAACAGUGCUACAUCGCACUGCCUUUUCCUUUGAACCUACAUUCAUAUUACCUUUCACAUGCUUUCCUUCACACUCUUUCAACUAUAUACUUACCAUAAACUACCCCAGGGGCCACAUGAAGCAAACACAUUUUCAGAGUUUUCAGAUGUAUCUCAUACGUGUCGACUAAAUCUAUCCCACUGUGUCCUUGUUGAUGUUGUGCAUUAAAUGCAUUUGAAAGCCUAAAAAUGGCUUCUAAACCUUAAUAUUUUUAUCAAAACUUUAUUUUGGCUGUGUAAAACAACCAGCAUAACAGCAUCAAUCGGUUUUACAAUGCAUGCUGGUAUUUUCAUAAUUCUGGAUUUUAUGAUUUACAUUAUCUGUGGUCUGUGGCCUCUGGUACAAAUCUUCUAGUUUCAGUAAUGAAUCAGUUUAAACCUAAAAUGCUAAGUCUGUGUAGGUGCUCUUAUUGUCCUAAAAGUAGCAAAACAUUACUGGGAAAAGAAUAAUUUAGCUAUUGUAUAGUUUCCUUCUGUCCUUCUUUCUUUUAUUACUAAUGACACUAUAAAGCUUGUGUCAUCACAUGAUCUUAAUGUAACGGUUUUUGCUUUCCUGCUUCCUGCUACCGCUUUCCUGCAGACUCUUACAAGCUCCCAAGGGACAACACAAAGGCCCAGUCGUCUUGUCUUCACAGAUGUAGCCAAAGCUCUCAACGCUUAACAGCUUUCUUCCAUUGGAUAAAAUCAGUUUGUGAGGUUUGCUGGCCUCUAUAAAGGGAAACCAGACUGUGUGGCGGAGCAACUAGAGCUCUCAUGAAGGUUAUCGUCACCGUGCGUGGAACGGCAGCGGUUGCAUGUAUGAUAGGGAAGGGCAACGGGAAGCAUCACGUAUGAUCUUGCACUGUUAUCAUAUGGCGCACAAAUGAAGUGGGAUGCACUUUUUUUAAGGAAAAAAAAAUCAUGUCAUGUCAUUGCUGUUAAAAUAUUUGGUAGCUUGUCAGGGAAGUUCUUCUGAGCUUCAGUAUCUACUUCUAUGUUUCAUAAGAGAGAAGUGUAUAUCUGUGUUCUAGUGAUUUUGUGGUCCUACAUUUCUGACAAGCUUCAAAGCUGGAUGUGUUUCCAUCCUUAAGUAAAGUGUUUCUCCCCAGUCGGUUUAUUCUUUUGUGAGCAUUUAUGGAUUGUUUCUCUGCGUGUGUUUUCAUUAAAGUUAUUUAAACCGAUUUCUAACGAAAUGUUCUUGUUGUACAAAUCUAGAACAAAGGAGUUGAUAGGUGAUAUUUUAUUGAUAAGUGAUGCGCAGACGUAGAGUAACACAAAUCACAAGGUAAAGAAUCAAAACAAAAUAUAUAUCACAGGUUUGUGAGUUCUAUUAAGGAAGUGGAUGAGGACACAUCAACACAUAACAUAACUACAAAAUGGUGUUAAGAGUAAGGCAUAAAAAGAUGAUUUCUCAAGUUACACUUCAACCUUUUCAAGAGUUGAAAAUGGAUCAAGUACUGUAUGUAACUAUAUAACUAUCAGUAAAAUCACAAAACAUUGUCCCCAUUUAGAGAGUAAAUAUCUAGACAGCUCUUGUAAAAUAACACACAUUGACUCAGCUGUAGUUAAAUUAAAAGGCACCCUUUAAGGCUGACUUCCAUUCACUUAUGAUCAUAUGAAUGUAGUGAGAUGAGUGAUGUGGACUACGACAGUACUAGUUUGACAGUUACUUCAAAAUUUCAUGAUCCACAUGACCUGCAGGUCUAAUGGGAACUAUUAGACAUAUUUAACCAAGAGUUUCCCCCAGAGAUGACCCAGGCGUGUCUGUUUUCAGAGGUAGUCCAGGGAGCAUAGUCAAAAAAAAAAAAACAACCCAGAAAACAAAAAACAAAAUUAAAGUCAAUGCA